GAAAUCUACACAGUAACCACCAAAGCACUGAGCUUGCUUUUCCGCUCAAUUCACUGCCGCCUGUGCGGGUCUCGUCCCCUCCGUGGAGUUGAGUGAUGUCGGGUCCGUUGAAAAAUAGGCCGUUGUUGCCGCUGCUCUCAAAUGGCCAGGCACAUCUCCCCCAGACCGCAAUGCACAAAAGGAAGCGGACGCAAGUGCUAGCAGCUUGCGACGGCUGCCGAAAGCGGAAAGUGAAGUGUGACGGAGCCCGACCAGCUUGCCGUCUUUGCGUCUCAUCCCAGGCGUCAUGCGUAUACACCGUUGCUGAGGGAACAACUCAGAGGGAGGCUCAGAAGCGAAAGCUCAUGAAUAUUUCGGCAGCGCAUGAGAACAGUCAACGAGUUUUAGAGUUGAUUCGAGAAAACCGUGAUGGCGUUGCAGACGACAUCACGAGGAAGCUGCAGGAAUCCGACGAUCUUCAACGCUCGAUUAACUCAAUAGCCGACGCCAGUCUUCUCCUACCAAAAGUUCAUGAGGGUCAAAGAGAUUCAAGGUCUGGUGUGGAGUUGAAGUCACAGGGAGGCUGUACCACUGGGUUGUUAGCAGCGAAUCCUAAUACCGAAAGAGCCGAUGGGCGUCCCCGCCCUUCUGAUCACAUUAUGCCCGUAUCGCGCUGGACCAAGAUUUCUCAAGCCGACACAACAUUAACAUAUCUUGUCAACGCCUUUUGGACCUGGAACAACACUUUGUCACAUCUAAUUGAUAGAGACCUCUUUGUUUCCAGUCUAGAAUCUAUCGACUCCAGUGCUGAUUUCGAUCGAAACGGUCAAUUUUGUUCGUCUUUACUUGUCAACGCCAUCCUAGCCGUCUCAACGCUAUAUGCAACGAAGGCUGUACUAGGACCAGUUUCAGCAGAAAACAGAACAACAAUGAGCCGCGAUUUUGCCGCCCAUGCAUUCGAGCUCCUAGAAUCGGAGCAGCAUAUGAGUUCCUUGACUCUCUUGCAGGCUGCGGCUGUCUUGUGGACUUUGGCCAGGAACGAGGGAUCUCAUGAGUCAAAAAGUCGAUGUUUGAGCCUACAAGGUCUGCUGAAGCAGACUUGGUCGUCUGUUUGCCUGGAGAACACAAGCUACGGUCGAAUCACGUCUCCCAGAGAGAAAAGUGGUGGUGCAGAGAAGAUGCACCAAGCAGCUUCCCACAUCGCGUGGGGAUUCUACUGCUUUUUUUCAAAACUAGCCACAGUCACCUCCCCUGAGAUGCUGGUUCCAAGGCCUCUCAUUAUAAAAACAUUCGAACGUCUAGGCACUCAAGGCCAUUCCAACUCACAGGAUUCAACAUCAAAUGUCAGCAAAGAUCCUCAAGGCCUCGAAGUAUUCGUCGCGGAAUGUAGCCUUUGCGAGAUUAUUGCUCAAUUCGUCAUCGACCAUGCUGCUAAUAGACUGGAUCGUGAUCGCUGCACGGCGCUUUACAACAAACUCACUUGUUGGCAACUCUCCCUCCCUAGUGAUCUCGUGGCGGACAACAGUGUUCCUGAAUCAGUUUUAUUUCUUCGAGCAACAUAUGAUUUCAUUGCUCUGAAAGUCUUGUCCGUUUACUUGAAGCAGCCUAACACCGAUAUGCUUGACGCUCACAACGCCGAACUUGCCCAAAUUGGUCAUGCGAGCUCCAUGAUGGCUAGCCUUUGUCCCGUUGGCGGUAUAUCGAUGACGAUGCACGAGUACUGGACAGCCGAGUAUUGCUCUUUUGUUGCAAAGGAUCUCUUUCCUCGGCUCGACACGGGUGUUGCAGUGCCCACAGUACGUAACAUAAUCGGCAAAGCUUGCUGUAUCCUCAGGAAUAUGUCUCUUGCUGGAGUAUCAGAUCGCGCACAGGCAUUACUUCUGGAUAUUGACAAGGAGGCAAAGUCGUCAGGCAAGAUUUUAUCUGUGCACGGCAAGCAGUGCGCAAGAGCGGAACGUAUGUCAGCGGUUACAAUACACGGCGUGCGGGUUUUCGAUGGCGGGAAUGCCCUCAUGACCGAUUCUACAGAUGGAGCUUUCCUAGUCAAGUUCAAAGACAAGAUCCGUAGCGUUGAACUUGUGAUGAAUUGAGUUGCGGAGUAUUGUCAUAUUUGCCACAAUGAGCAGAAGCCACAGAUUGUAAAGGCAACGCUGUCAUCAGCGUUUGUCAACCUUUGUUGCACCCAAUCGUCUUUAUGUUCCAGUUCAAUGUAAUAGUUUUAUGGCUUAGACACAAU